UUUCUGCUUGGAAAGCUAUCUCUGUCACACACACACACACACACACACUCUCUCUCUCUCUCCCUCUUCUACCAAAGCAGAAGAAGAAGGGUAAAAAACGAGUCGGGUACUUUUGAUGGCUCUCCAGAUUUCAAUUUCACCUCAGCUGAUGCGUUCAUCUUCAUCGUCCUUCCUUUCGUGGUCUCCCAAUCAGCGGCCCACUGCCGUGUCGCUCGAUAACAUCCGCAGUAGAAUCUCGGCUCCGAGGAAGCUCGCCGAGAGCGGUAGUAGAGGAGUUAGGGUUUCCGUACGGUCGAGCUUGGAGAUGGCGGGGCCGGUUGUCGGGCAGGUCACUGAAGUGAACAAGGACACGUUCUGGCCGCUUGUGGAAGGUGCCGGCGACAAGAUUGUCGUUGUCGACAUGUACACACAAUGGUGUGGUCCUUGUAAACUAAUGGCCCCGAAGUUUCAAGAAUUAUCCCAGAAGUAUCUUGAUGUUGUCUUUUUAAAGCUGGACUGCAAUCAAGAAAACAAGCCAUUGGCGAAAGAACUUGGGAUAAGGGUGGUCCCCACCUUUAAGAUUCUCAAAGACUCCAAGAUUGUAAAAGAAGUAACAGGGGCCAAAUUUGAUGAUCUGGUUCUUGCUAUUGAUACCAUAAAAUCCAGCUAGAUGAUUUCAGGCCAUUAUCCUCAUGUUCAUAAUAAUAUCCAAGUGACAGAUAUUGAUUGUAAGCCUUGUGAUCGAACCCUGUGGGUGGUUUUGGCUGGCAAGAAAAUGUGUAUUACUUUUAAAUAAGAAAAUGAAAAAAUUACUGCUGUUUCCAUUGCUUUCUA